AUGGAGAUCUCCUACGUGUACACGCGGAAGCGCAGUGAGUUUGGCCGGCCUUGCUGCUUCUCCGACCGGCCGGCCAAGUUGACCGUGGACAUUCCCCCGGACCCCAGCAUGGCCAACAACUUUAUCCUCAGGGACCCGGUGGACAGCUCUGUCCAGCACAGCUGCGAAAUGUCAGAGCAUGAGGUUAACACUGAGAGUGUGAAGGUGGAAUCCCGUGGUAUCAACCAUGUAGAGGGUGGGUGGCCCAAAGACAUCAAGCCACAGGAGGCAGAACAAACUUCCCGCUUCAGGAAGAAGGUGGAGAAAGACGAAAACUACGUCAACACCAUCAUGCACCUCGGCACCCUGAUGGAGCACUGUGUCAGGCAGAACAAUACCGUCAACAUCUAUGAGGAGUACUUUGGAGAGGAGGAGAUGGUGGAGAUGGAAGAUGAGACUCCCUUUGCAAAAACCAUCAAUUUCAUCAGGGACCCAAACAUAACCAAGAGGACAGCCACGCAUCUCUCCUGGUACCCUGACACAUGCACGAAACUGGCAGUAGCUUACUGCAGCCUGGAAUUCCAGCAAAAUGUGAAAAACAUGAGCUUUGACUCCUACAUCUGGGACCUUGAAAACCCCAACAAGCCAGAGCUUGUUCUCAAGCCAUCAUCCCCUCUUGUGACCCUGGAAUACAACCCCAAGGACUCACACAUCCUGCUGGGAGGAUGCUACAAUGGGCAGAUGGCUUACUGGGACACCAGGAAAGGAGGGCUGCCUGUGGAGGUGUCCACCGUGGAGGUCAGCCACAGGGACCCUGUGUAUGGAGCCAUCUGGUUGCAGUCCAAGACGGGCACCGAAUGCUUCUCUGCCUCCACUGACGGGCAGGUGCUGUGGUGGGACAUCCGCAAGCUCUCUGAGCCCACUGAGACACUGGUCUUGGACACCACCCGGAGAGGGCUGCUGGAGAAUGCCCUUGGUGCUGUCACACUGGAGUUUGAGCCCACCAUGCCCACCAAGUUCAUGGUUGGCACAGAGCAGGGCAUCAUCAUUGCCUGCAACCGCAAGGCCAAGACACCUGCAGAAAAAAUCGCUGGCACCUACAGUGGCCACCAUGGACCUGUCUAUGCUCUGGCCAGGAACCCCUUCUACCCCAAAGUCUUCCUGACAGUUGGUGACUGGACUGCUCGGAUCUGGUCAGAGGAGACCAAGGAAUCAUCAAUUAUGGGCACAAACAGGUACCACCUCUCCUACCUGACAGACGGGUGUUGGAGCACUGUGAGGCCAGCUGUCUUCUUCACCAGCAGAUCAGAUGGGACCCUGGAUGUCUGGGACUUCCUCUUCAAGCAGAAGGACCCUUCUCUCACCCUGAAGGUCUGUGACGAGCCCCUGUCCAGCCUGCGCCUGCAGGACUGCGGCCGUGUCAUUGCCUGCGGCUCCAAGCUGGGCACUGUCACCCUGCUGGAAAUCUCCCCUGGGCUCUGCACCCUGCAGAGGAACGAGAAGAACCUGGCCACUGCCAUGUUCGAGCGGGAGACGAAGCGGGAGAAGAUCCUGGAGGCCAGGCACCGGGAAAUGCGGCUGAAGGAGCGCACCAGGUCAGAGGGACAGGGCACAGAGGCGGAGGAGAGGCUGCAGGAGAGUCCCCAGGAGGUCCUGGACCGUGCCCGCAGAGAGUUCUUUGAGGUCAUCGAAGCAGAGAGGGCACGAAGAGAGCCCCAGCAUCUGCGUGGCAAGGUGAAAGACCUCGAGAGAGAGGAGGUGGCUGCACAGGGAGAAGAGGCAGAAGAAGGGGAAGAGAGCCAGCUGCCUGAGGAGGAGGAGAAGAGGCAGAAGAAGGAGGAGGAGGAGAAGGAGGAGAAGGAGGAGAAGGAGAAGAAGGAGAAGGAGGAAAAGGAUGCUGCCAAGGAGCCAUAG